AUGUCGGAAGAUACCGUUGGCAGUUUCAGUUGUUCGUGCUUGCCUGGCUUCACUGGUGACGGCCAAACAUGUAAUGAUGUGGACGAGUGUUCCUUGGGUACUGACAACUGUGCAGAAAAUGCCACAUGUACAGACACAGUUGGCAGUUUCAGUUGUUCUUGUUUACCAUUUUUCACCGGAGAUGGUAUAACAUGUGUUGAUACUAGAACUUGCCCAGGAGGUCCACCUGGAAGUGAAUUCUGGGUAAAAUCAAGCGAUGGUACCAAAUGUUUCCAGUUCUUUAGUGACCAAUUAGAUUAUGCCGGUGCCAAGGCACAAUGUGUUACAAAUGUUACAGGAAGCACACUGGCUAUCAUACUGAGCGAAUCUCAAAAUUCUGACGUAGAGGGCCUCAUUCCAGAUGUAACAACUUCCGUCAAAAAUUGGAUUGGAUUGGAACAGUCAACCCCUGGUACUUGGGCCUGGUUGGACAGCACCUCAACUGCAGGGUACAUUAAUUGGGACGGUAACAACGGCGGGACGGCACCCUCGAAUGCUGAUAAAGCUUGCGGUGCUAUAAACAACAAACAAAUUAAAAAGUGGAAGGAGCAAACAUGUUCCGAACCAGGACAGUAUAUUUGUGAGGUGAUCCUUCCUUAAACUGGUACGAUAUCAUAUACACGUAAUCAUGUUGUAUGUGGACGCAUAUUAAUCGGACGCACUUUUUGAAUUAUAGUUUUCGUUUAAUUCUUUGUUAACCGGUGUUAUUCUAUAACGCAUACUCGUAUGUAUUGAUGUUAAAAUAAUUGGAAUAUCAAACUUAAUUGUACACUCAAGAUUUAAAACGUUCAUUCCCUUUUAGAACCUUUUUUAUUUAUUCCCAUCAUUUUUCUUUAUGUACAAUGUCACACGAAAAUAUUACAUCAUAUUUUUAAUUUUUGCUCAAAUCUUAUAUUAAUGACUAUUUUGUGCAUGUCUUAAAAUAUUGCUAAUAGUAGAAGUUGCGUACGUCAAUAAACACACUCAUAAGUAUGUAGUCUUCUGAACAGUGAGAGCCCACAUUUGUGGUUAUGUCGGAAGGUCAGUGAAUAAGCAAACAAUAAGCAAACCGACACGCCUCGACUUAUCUUUUCAAAACUCUGCAUUUCCCUAUUUAUCAGUUUGGUAUCCAGUGGAUUCA